CAGAUGAUUGGCUAGACACCGGUUAACACAGAAGUCUGGACGCUGAGCUCGAUGUGACAGCUCAGGUCCGUGAUGUGAGUUCAGCGAGAUUCGCUGUAGAAGAUGCGAGCAGCGUUGCGGCUGGUAAUAGUGGCGAUCCCGAUGGGGGUGCUGCUCUCCCGUACCAUGGGGUGGAUGUCUAGUGGCAAAACACACCAGGAGCUCAUAACCAGGCUCAGGGAUCAUGGCGUUAUCCACAGCGACAGAGUGUUCAGUGCCAUGCUGGCCACAGACAGAGCGAUCUACUCCAGGGAUUAUCCAUAUGCAGACUCUCCUCAGUCCAUAGGCUUCAGAGCCACCAUCAGUGCACCACACAUGCACGCCCACGCUCUGGAGCUAUUGAGUGACAAACUCACAGAAGGGGCAUCGGCCCUGGACGUGGGCUCAGGAAGUGGCUAUCUCACCGCCUGCUUUGCAAGAAUGACAGGAAGCAAUGGGAGAGUAGUGGGAGUGGACCACAUCGACGAACUGGUUCAAAGUUCAAUCAGAAACAUCCAAGCUGACGACCCGGAACUUAUUGCCUCAGGACGCAUCAAACUUGUGGUGGGAGAUGGCAGGCUCGGGUACCCAGAGGGAGCCCCUUAUGAUGCCAUUCAUGUUGGUGCAGCUGCAGCUACUGUUCCUAAGGCCCUCCUGGAGCAGCUGAAGCCAGGCGGGCGCUUGGUGCUGCCAGUCGGCCCCAGUGGUGGCAGUCAGGUGCUGGAACAGUACGACCGUCAGAGUAACGGCACCUUCCUCAAAAGAGCUUUAAUGGGAGUGGUUUACGUCCCGCUGACAGACAAGAGACGACAGUGGCCGGGAGGCGAGCUCUGACUGCAGUGUGGUUGCCCCCACCCCUGCAGUAGGUGGAAUUGGUGCUGCAUGUCUUCAAUUCUUUGCUGGCUUCCCCAGAAACUUAUGUUCACUUUUUCUUGCGGAACUGUCACCUAACUCGAUAUAUGCACAAGGAGCAUCUUGUAUGGUUUUCUUCACCUCAUUGUCUUUCAAGAGUGUACUACCAAAUUGAAACAGUGAACAUUUGGCUUGAAAAGGGUGUCGAA